AUGUCGAAUCUAACCUGUAUCCCUACUACUAGCUACUAUGGAACUCCCGAAUUCUUAUCCCGAACGGUCCAUAUGAUAACUGCUGUAUCAUUUCCUAUACAUAUCCUGGGACUUUUUAUAAUCUUUUUCAAGACACCAAAAACCAUGGACUCUGUGAAAUGGUAUAUUUUACAUCUGCAUGUUUGGAUCAUGAUUUAUGAUAAUUCUCUGGGAUUUUUAACAAUCCCAUUUUUGCUAUUUCCAAGAUUGUCGGGGUACACACUAGGGUUUUUAUCAUACUUUGGUGUCAACGAGUUUUUCAUGGCGGUUCUGGUUCUGUUGGCGGUCAUCAAUGUUCUGUUAUCCAAUCUAAGUAUAUUCGAAAACCGAUAUUUCAUAAUUUGCGCGUUCCCUCCAAAACCAACAUGGGAAAAAAUCAGAAAACCUUGGCUAGCAGCCCAUUACAUUUUCGCUGUGAUUUUAUUCAUCCCGAUGGCUUUCUCACUUCCAGAUCAAGAAAAAACCAAACAAAAAGUUCUAGAGACCCUUCCCUGUGUCUCUGACUACGUGCACCAAGCGAAAAUAUUCACUCUAGCUGAGGACUACACUUAUACUGUAGGAGUACUGAGUACAUUGCUUGCUUUUGGACUUAUGGAAGCCACCAUUUUUUGUACCCACCUUGAAGUCUACAUUAUAAAAAACCUGAAAUCCAAAAGAAUAUCUAAAACUACUCUAAAACUCCAAAUCAAAUUUCUAGUCGCGUUGGUAAUCCAAAUGGUGGUUCCUUCUCUUAUGCUGGUGAUUCCAUUGGCCUACUCGGCGGUUGUUAUAAUUUACGAAUAUUAUAACCAAGCUUACAUGAAUGUAGUGAUUGUUAUCACAACGACGCAUGGUCUUUUUUCAACAUUGAUUAUGAUUUUUGUACACCAACCGUAUCGAAUGGCAUUGGUUCGAAUGUUUUGCUCCAAGUUUUCAAGAAAGGACCGUAUUGAGAGCGAUUCGAGAUUCCAACCAAACGGUGCUGCAUUUACGGUGGCAACUUGA